AACAGUCGCCAGCAUGCCCAAGAACAAGGGAAAGGGUGGUAAGAACAGGAGACGUGGAAAGAACGAGAACGACAACGAGAAGCGCGAGCUCGUCUUCAAGGAGGAAGGGCAGGAGUACGCGCAGGUCGUCAAGAUGCUGGGCAACGGCCGUCUGGAGGCGCAGUGCUUCGACGGCGCACGUCGCCUCGCGCAUAUCCGCGGCAAGCUGAGGAAGAAGGUCUGGAUCAACCAGGGCGAUAUCAUUCUGCUGUCGCUGCGAGACUACCAGGAUGAGAAGGGCGAUGUGAUUAUGAAGUACUCUGCCGACGAAGCCCGUUCAUUAAAAGCCUACGGCGAGCUCCCCGAGAACGCAAAGAUCAACGAGACCGACACAUACGGCGACCAGGGCGACGAGGGCAUCGGCUUCGAGUUCGACGAGGACCGCGACUCCGACUCCGAGGACGAUGCCGACGGCACCGGCAAGAAGGAGAUUGAUAUCGACGACAUCUAGCGUGUCGGUCGUGUACGGGUGGAGGACGUUGGGUUCCGCCAUGCUGUCUCGGCUGCUGUGCGAGUGCACGGGGCUGAGCUGCUCAAAUGCUGCUUCUUGCGAGCGGGCGGAUGGAUGGUGGAA